AUGUAUAUCGUAUACUUCUUGUCUUCAUGGAUAUUACAACUUUGCUUUAUCCAUAGUACACAUUUUCGAGGUGGAACAAUUACAUGGCGACCUUUGAAUGCAACUCCGUCUGGUGGUUCAGCUUCUUUUCUAGUUCGAGAACGAUAUUCAUGGAAUCGUAAUACAUACUAUUGUGAUGAUACAACUAUUGCCAAUAACGGUCUAAUAAGUGGUGGCAACAACGUUGCUUGCACAGCAGGUCCCUGCACCGGUUGGUCCAACAUGCUGACAUCGACGUAUUGCACGGAUUUCAGUGCUGCUCUUACUGUUAGUUCGGGUGAAAGAACUCAAGUGUACACAUUCCCACUGAAUAUUUCAUUCACGAUUUACUUUAAUGAUGGCAAUUGGUUUAAUGGCCUUGAAGUAGGUAACAGUACAAGUUGGUAUGUGUCGAAUCGUGUCAUUACCAAUGUCAGACCAGAUGGUUAUCUUAAUACAAGUCCUAUUGGUGUCACCAUUCCUAUCAUCUACAAGCCAAUCAACAUACAACAGGUGCAUGUUGUUCAAAUGGCUGACUUUGAUUCAACUGAUAUUUUGAGAUGUCGAUGGUCCACUAGUAUAUCUGCCAAUAAUAUAUGUCAAUAUAAUGAAUGUGGGGGAAUAUGUAACGGUGUUCCUGGUGCUGUACUUCUUGAGAAUAACUGUACCAUCGUAUUCACACUAACACAUGCUAAAUUAUACGCAGGGGUGGCACUACAAAUUGAAGAUUUCUUCAACAAUGCAACAUUGACAGCUAAUACACCAAUGAGUUCUGUUCCACUUCAGUUUCUUUUCUAUGGCUAUUCUGUAACAGGUAAUUGUACAAAACCGCCACAAAUCAUUGGUAAUCGACCUAACCGAGCUUGUAUUGGCACAUCCAAUAGUACAUUCGUCACCGAAACCAUCGUUGUCGAAACAUAUUGUCCUGGACAAUACGUUGCUGAUUUUGUUUCAAGUUCUCCAAUUGGAAUGAGAAAGAGUGCCAUCAUCAAUUCAAGUUCAACCAUUUUCCAGAUGAUUCUUACCUGGAAUGUCUCAAAUACUCUCCACGGUCCUGAACCACUGUGUGCUGCUGCCGUCGAUAAUUUCCAAUUACAAUCCAAUCAAUGGUGUGUCACAUUCGUCGUUGGUUAUGACUCACCCGAUGUCAUUCGACCAACNAGUUUACGCGAUUCGGACGCGAUGAAAGCGCGUUUAGAUCCAAAAAAUGCUUACAUGGGGAGUGUUACAGUACAAUCAUCAAAAUUUAACUGUCAUAUUUUGAUAUUUUCCUUCGUAAACACGACAAUACUUGUCACAUGGAGAAAAUAA